GAUUUCUUCGUUUCGUUUCGGCUUUUCGAAAUGUCAGAUAAAAACAAGUGAAAUAGAUAAUCAAUGACUGAAUAAAUUUUCACGAAAAUAAGAAAUUUUUUGCAGUUCACUCAAUGAAAAUAUCCCGUAUUGCACACCAAUGUGAUUUAUUAUACUGGAAAUGAUAUAGAUCAUCGUAAAGAAGACUUGCAGACAUAAGUGUGCUCAUAACAAUGUUUUGAAUCUUGAUGGAUAUCACGAAUACAAAAAUGGAAAUUUUUCAACGUCUAUUUAUAUUAUUACUCUUUUGUGCAUUAGUUUCUGCACGUAACCAUACUCUGACUCUGAAUAAUGAUGUCCGCAAAUACAUAGCUCUGAGUACCUUUGGUUUCUACCAAGGAGGAAUACUUGAUGUACAGCUUCGAAAUUUCAGAACAGAUUCUGAAAAUGAUACGGCUAUGUAUGGAUUCAGUCUGGACCGAACUGUCAAUGAUGCUAUGAAUCCUUACUUAAACAAUCAUCAAGAACGAUGCAUUUUAAAACAAGUUAUAACCAAACAAAAUGGUGCAGAAGUAUUGUACUUCAUUCUUGAUUUGAAAAAUAAGAAAUUACAUGUGAAAUGUCAUGAAGAUGCUAUUGUGCAUAUUUAUAAAAGUAGAGAUGAAGUUCAAAGUUUACUUGAAACUGUUGUUGAACAACAGCAAAGGAGGAAAAGGGAUAAGAAAUCCCCAUGUGCUGCUUAUAAUUUUGAUAUUAUUGCUAAAACUGUAAAAGGGGUUAAUUAUUACAGUACUAAUUUCACAAUAUCCAUCGCUAGUAUUGAAGAAGAAGGAUUGUAUAAUCUUUACUUCCACAACUGUCCCAAUUACGAUCAAGGUCAAGAGGUAUCGGUUGAUUUUACCAUACAAAUUGUGGAGACAAAUCUCAGCAAUUUUUUGUCAGCUGGAGAAAUGCCCCUACCAGCCCUUUAUUGCAUGAUGUCAAUAUUGUUCUUACUAUCAGGAAUGUUUUGGGUUUUCCUGUUACGUCAAUCGAAACAUCCUGUGUUUAAAAUUCAUUACAUGAUGGCCGUCCUUGUUUUUCUCAAGGCAAUAUCACUAGCUUUCCACGGGGUGAAUUAUCAUUAUAUCCAAUAUUUAGGAGUGCAUAUAGCCACUUGGGCCGUGCUCUUUUACAUAGCUCACUUAUUGAAAGGAGCACUGCUGUUUGUGGUUUUAGUGCUCAUAGGUACAGGAUGGACUUUCAUAAAACAUGUGCUGGCACCAAAAGAGAAGAGGCUAUUUAUGGCAGUGAUUCCAUUACAAGUUCUAGCCAAUGUAGCUGAAAUUAUUUUAGAGGAAAGCGAAGAAGGUACAAAAGAACAUUUAGCAUGGAGAAGAAUCUUCAUUCUAGUUGAUCUUCUUUGCUGUGGCUGUAUCUUGUUUCCUGUUGUUUGGUCAAUUAGACAUUUACAGGAAGUUUCUCUAACAGAUGAUAAAGCAGCAAUGAACUUGAAGAAAUUGAAACUUUUCCGUCAUUUUUACGUUAUGAUCGUCUGCUACAUCUACACGACCCGCAUGAUUGUUUACUUAUUGAAAAUGGCGGUUCCGUUCCAGUACGAAUGGCUCGAUGAAAUGUUCAGGGAGAUGUCAACAUAUGUUUUCUUCGUUCUUACAGCUUACAAAUUCAGGCCUGCUUCACAUAACCCAUAUUUUGCUGUGAGCGAUGAAGACGAUGAUUUGGAUCAAGCAAUCACCGAGUCUGGCGCUUUGGAGGGGCUGAGUCGUGUAAAUUCUAGGAAGAAUAAGGUGUCGCUUCUGAACAUGACAGAAGUGACAGAAGAAGAAAAGGAUGCUCUGUUGAACCAGAUGGAAAGUAGUCAUGAGUACGAUUGAGUUUAAAAUGCAAUGGGCAAUGACAUGUACAAUACUAGUUUUAUCGUAAGAUUCAAUCUCUUUUGGCAUUAUAUGAGAGGCUAAACGAAUGUGAUUUUGAGAAAAUAGCAUAGCAAAUAAAGAAGUCGGCUAAAACUUAGAUUUCUCAAUUUAUCCUAAAGCUUUUCUUUCUAUAACUAAACGCUCUGAAUGUUUGGUACUGUAGAAUUAAAACUUUAAUUUAUUUUCGCAAAAAGUUGAUUUAUUUGUUACUCACUUUCUUGAAAUCACAAAUUGCAACUGUGAUAACAAGUCACCAACAGUAUGGUUGUCAACAUGUUUUCAAAAGAUUUACAAUUUUUAUUUAUAUCAUGUACCACUCGAUCAUCAAUAAAUUCUAAUUAUUA